AUGCAUCAUCUUGAAGCACUAUUCAUCUUCUUUCCAUUCCUCCUUGGUUUAACUCUAACACUCAACCACCUCACCAAACUCAUCACAUGGAUCUUCAAAACUUGUCUCCGAUCCGAGAAAAACCUCCUCAAAACCUACGGUUCAUGGGCUCUAGUCACCGGAGCAACCGACGGAAUCGGAAAAGCCUUAUCCCACCAGUUAGCACAAAGAGGUCUCAACCUCAUCCUCGUAAGCAGAAACUCAAAGAAACUCGAAACAGUUAGAAACGAAAUCCAAACAAAACACUCUCACGUUCAGAUCAAAACUGUUACGAUCGAUUUUUCCGGCGAGAUUUCUGCAGGCCUUGUGGAAAUAGAAGCUUUGGCUAGGGUUUUGGAUCUUGGAGUUGUGAUCAACAAUGUUGGAAUCACUUACCCUAAGGCAAUGUACUUUCAUGAAGUGGAAGAGGAAACGUGGAUGAAGAUGGUUAGGGUUAACAUUGAAAGCACAACGAGAAUAACGAAAGCGGUUUUGGGUGGAAUGAUAGAAAGGAAAAAGGGUACGAUCGUAAAUAUUGGAUCUGGUGCUGCGGUGGUGGUGCCUUCACAUCCUCUCUUUACAAUCUAUGCUGCAACUAAAGCUUAUGUAGAUCAAUUUUCAAGAUCUUUACACAUGGAGUACAAACAAUAUGGAAUUCACGUGCAAUGUCAGGUACCACUGUAUGUUGCGACGAAGAUGGUAUCAAGAGUAGCAUCAAUUGGAAGAGAUUCUUUAUUCAUACCAACACCAGAAGGUUAUGCUAGAGCAGCUAUUCGUAAAAUAGGGUAUGAACCAAGAUGCACACCUUAUUGGGCUCACUCAAUUCAAUGGGCCUUUGCUCGCUUUAUCCCGGACCAACUUCUUGACUAUUGGCGCAUGUCCAUUGGUUUACGACGCAGGAACCGCAAGGACUAG